AUGCGUAACGUGUUUCUUCUUCCAUUGGUUCCAGCGGUGGCACCGCUUGUCGCUGCUAUAACACUUCAUAAACGCGACGUGCCGACCGUGGUAGAGCUUCCCCUUGAACGCAGGCAAACUGCGGCAGUUUUGAGCAGAAGAGACUCCUCGGUGGGCGUUUCAAUUUCAAAUGAGGGGCAAACUGGUUACUUGUUAAACCUGACCCUCGGAACACCCGCGCAAACGUUUUCACUCGGGCUGGAUACUGGUAGCAGUGAUUUAUGGGUGAAUGUUGCAAACUCGUCAUUAUGCUCGGCCAGUGAUGAUCCGUGCAAACCAUUUGGGUUAUACAAUGCCAGCGCAUCCUCCGACUACAAACCAGUGGACGCCGUGUUUAAUGCGACAUACGCAGGCGGUGACAACGCCUAUGGCUCAUAUGCGACAGACACUCUCGGCCUGGGCAGUACCAAAAUUGAUGAUUUUCAAUUUAUUAUUGCGGAAUCAUCUACCGACACUCAGGGCAUUGCUGGCAUAGGAUACAAGAUUUCCACAUAUGAGGCCGAACAUGAAAACAAGGAAUACGAUAAUCUACCUUACGCUCUGGUUGCAAGCGGUGCUACCAAAUCGGCUGCUUACAGUCUCUGGUUGAACGACAUAAGGUCCGGCACCGGGGCCAUCCUGUUCGGAGGUGUGAACAAGGCCAAGUAUCAUGGUGACCUCCAAACUCUGCCAAUUGUGCCUGUUUACAACAGAUAUUAUUCAUUGGCCAUCGCAUUAACAGAAGUGUCGGUACAAAGCAGCUCCAGUUCCAGCAGCUACAGUGACAACCUUCCGCUAGCCGUUUCACUGGAUACAGGAACCAGCUUGACAGCGCUACCAGAAUCUCUGGUAAAUAAAAUUUAUAAGGAUCUGAACGUGACAUACGUCGAAAAAGCUAGCGCCGCAUACAUUGAAUGCGACAUGACCAACAAGGACUAUAAUGUGACAUACAGCUUCUCAGGUGUAGAAAUCACCGUUGGUAUCAGUGAAUUGAUAUUGGACGCCACAGAAGAAGGUUUCCCCACUGGAACUUGCAUUUUUGGCUUGGUUCCUAGUCAGGAGGGGUUGAACCUGUUGGGCGACACUUUCUUGCGCAGUGCUUACGUCGUAUACGAUCUUGAAAACAACGAGAUUUCUCUUGCAAACACCAAUUUCAACCCUGGUGAUGACGACAUUUUGGAAAUUGGCACCGGCACAAGCGCAGUUCCUGGCGCCACUUUGGUCCCUUCAGCAGUGUCUACCGCCACUGGAAAUGGUGCUACGGCAACUGGUUCUGUGGCAACUGGUUCGACGAUUACAGCAACAAUAACUUCCACCGGGGAUUCUACUAGUACAGCAGGGACAACUUCUGCUCCUACUUCUGGAUCCGGAUCGGAUUUGACCUCAAGUACCUCUUCCGGUCUGGCGGCUAUGUCUACGACAAACGCUAAACACCUGCUCUCUGGUUUGGCGGGCGCUGGUAUUUUGUUGAUGGUGUAA